GGGGGGGGCGGCCAUUACCCGGUGCCCGGGUGUUGUGGGGCUCGGGGGUGUCGUGGCGGGGCGGGGCGGGGCGGCUGGGGAAAAUGGGGAACCCGUACACUUCUGGGCUAGUUCCUGAAAGACAUCGAGCUAUUUGUCUAGAAAACUUGCUUAAUUAACGUUUCCUUUUACAGUCAGCUAAUGCCCCUGCCCAGAUCAAGGGCUACGUUGUUUUCCAGUAUUUGCACCCGUUAAGUGCCGCUGGAGGAUCAGUAAUGGACACGUUAUCGAUCCCUUUCCAGCAGGGAUUGGCACGUUUCAACCCCGUCGUCCUCGGUUUAUUAAAAACAAUCUCUUAGUCAUAGCGGCGUGUAUUGCUGGAAGAGCACGCCGAGGGAUUCGUCUGCCAACCUGGUCGCGGUCGGGUGCUCUGGAAGCCCUACCUGCUCUGUGAGGUGUGGCGGGAGGCAAAGUGCUGCGCGGCUGGACGAGCCCGCGCACGCAGGUCUCGCCUGAAAUCCCUUCACAGCCCUCCUGGUAAGGCUGCGGGGCGCCCAAGCGUUUCCCAUGGUGUUGGUGCGGGGUGUGGUUAUGUAGCUGCAUGUCCUGCAAGUGACUCUCUGAAAUGGGGUGCGUGUGAAUAAAGAGCACCGUGUGAACGUGAGGCUGUAGGGGAGAGUGGAUACGGUGAACCGAGAGAAGUGGGAGUGAGGUUACCUGCUAUAGGGACUGGUAUCAGGAAGAUGACCCAAACCCGGGUGUGUUUCAGUGGCAUGCUUCCCUAAAACAAUUUGAACUCCGGCGGUUUUGUUGCCUCCCUCAACCUUGCUGUCUGUACUUGGGUGAACGCUCGCUGACCGAGAACACACGUACGUUGAAAUAACUUUCCAGCAGCGGGACGUACUCUGAGCAGCGGUCUGGCAUGAGUCUGUAGCUGUUUUCAUCAGUAACCCAGAGCAAACCCUACGUGCCCAAUAAGAGCACUGACACAUUGCAAGCCAACCUGAUGGCGUCCUCUACUGCUGUGCCUGUAGGAUUUCACUAUGAAACAAAAUAUGUAGUUCUCAGCUACCUGGGGCUUUUAUCACAAGAGAAGCCACAGGAGCAUCCUCCUGCUUCAACUCAAGGGACUCAACAGCCUAUGGCACAACAUGCUUCAGAGAAAGAGGCUUUGGAGAAGAUUAAAAUAGAAAUCGAGGAGGAGCUAAAACGUCUUGAUGAAGAGAUCUUGGAAGCAUUUACCACUACAGGAUUUGACUGCCACACUUCACCAGUGUUCAGUCCUGCCAAUCCAGAGAGCUCAAUAGAAGAUUGCCUGGCUCAUUUGGGGGAGAAAGUGUCCCAGGAAAUGAAAGAGCAUCUGCACAAAGCAUUGGAGAUCUUGCUUAGCAAGCCAGUGACAUACCAAGAAUAUCGUGAGCGCACACAAGAGACAGCUGCUCAUGCCAGUGGAUGGAACAAGGUCUUGGUACCCCUGGUUCUGCUACAGCAAUUCCUUAUGGAGUUAACCAGAAGAGGCCAGGAACCACUGAGUGCACUUGUGAACUUUGGGGUGACAUAUCUAGAAGACUAUUCUGCAGACUAUAUCAUUCAACAAGGAGGAUGGGGGACGGUCUUCAGUUUGGAAUCUGAGGAGGAGGAGUACCCCGGCCUCAUCGCAGAGGACAGCAAUGACAUCUACAUCCUGACCAGCGACAACUCAGGACAGGUGAGCCCCCCGGAGUCCCCCACGGUGACCACGUCGUGGCAGUCAGAGAGCCUGCCCGUCUCCCUGUCAGCGAGCCAGAGCUGGCACACGGAGAGCCUGCCCGUCUCCCUGGGACCCGAGUCCUGGCAGCAAGUGGCCAUGGAUCCUGAAGAAGUCAAAAGCCUGGACAGCAACGGAGGGGGCGAAGAGAGGAGCGAGAACAACUCUUCCAACUCAGAUAUUGUUCACGUGGAGAAGGAAGAGAUACCGGAGGGGAUUGAGGAAGCGGUGGUGUCGGCAGUUGCUGCGGAGACUAUGCAGGCAGCGUUUCCAGAACCCCCUGCUUCUUUACAGGAAGUAAAACCACCUCAAGCUGAAGUUGUGGCUGAAAAAGCACAUCCCUCCGUGCUUCCGCGUACAAAACAGGAGGAAAAGGGAAAAGCAGCUGAAGAGCUUGUUGAACCUGAAAUCCCCAUAUUAAGUAAACCUGUCCCAAAGUUAGCCCCAUCAGAAGAAAAGGCUGCACCAGAACCUGAGAAAAUACUGCUACCAGGGGAAAAAAAAGUGGGGAAAGAGGGCCGUUUGGAAGAAAUAGAAGAGAAAUCUUCCGCUGCAGAGGAGAAGCCUAUCUUAUUGCCAGAAGGGAAAUCUAUACUGCUGUACGGUGGGGCCGCUGCAGUGGCGAUACUAGCUGUGGCGGUCGGAGUAGCGCUGGCGCUUAGAAAAAAGUAACAGAGCUCUCUGGAGGAGGAGGAGGAGGAGGGAGAGAGAAGAGAGCACGAUCCAAUUUUUGUAGUUGUGUUACCUAAAGGUUGAGCCGCCUGCUGUUUAAUUGGACAUUUGAGUAACGUAAUGGUGACGGGGUGAGGUCAUUCAAUAAGCCUCCAGCUAUGGACAAUCAUGUUUUUAGUAGAAUUGGGGCGGGGACUGGUUUUUCGUGAUUAAAGUACAGGGGUAUUUUUAAAAUAAUAAUAAUAAAUUCUGCAAAUUUAAGAACUUAAGUGCAGGUGCUGAAGAAAGGGGUGCUUGUACUCUAGGAACUGGAACGGAGAAUCCCCAGGGGAAGGGGAGAGCCAGCUGCUGCCAACCCCUGGAGUUUUUGGCUUCUCAGACUGACCGCUAUUGCAGCUGUGCUGUCUUGUCACUUCCCUUUGCGCCCCGAGCCCUCCCUAACAAAACGUUAGUGAACCCGAGUCCUGUAGCGAGAGGCUGGUCUCCCUUUUGUCUCGGCUUCCUCUCAGGUACUGCACUGCUCCUCGUAACCUCGCAGGUUCCCCCUAAACCCAAGUGGGAGAGUGCUUAUUCUUACCUCUCUGCUCACACCUGGAUUGGCCCCUAACAGUUCUUGAAGCCCCCGUCCUAUAAAGAUGCUGCCUCUGUCGCUGUGUUCUCUCCGAGCACCCUGGUGUCCCUGGGGGAGAGGCGCAGCAGGGCGCUUCUGGCUGCUGAGGAGGGCGGGAGGGACGCUGCGCUGCGCUUCGCUGGUUUGAGAAUCCAUUUGCUAUGCUCCUGCCUGCCCACCUUACUGCCACCCCCGAGUUACCAGAGAUGCAAAUUCAUGCUGGACACGGUGCCAUUCUGAUGAGUGCUUUGACACCAGAGUAUAUCCAGCAAAGAUUUGGAAAACUGUGUGUGAAAGGGGCGCUGGUGCCCCCUGUGAAAUUCAGAGGUUAAACGCUGUUUUGCCCCGUAUCCUGCUGCGGUCUGUAUUGUCGUUCCCAGGUUAAGCGCAGUGUGUUUAGUCGUAACUCGGUCUUGGCUGUGACGGAAUCCCAGGUACACAGAGCAGUGGGUUCUAGUAACUACGCAGAACAGCAUUAAACGUCUCCUGUUUGUCCGUUCCCGAGCUGACCUGCAGUGUUGUUCAGUGCAAUUUCUUUUGCGAUUCCAAACCUGUAACUGGCUAAAUUUGCAGGUUCACAAAUGAUGAGGAAGUUGCUUUGGAAAAAUACAACCCCCUCUUCCUGCAGUCACAACAUUUCCAAUGUGUGUAAAGAGAAAUCCGGAACGUGUUACCAUGCACAAGUCACAUCAGAUCCAGCUGCAAGUGGUCCUCUUCCAGCGCACGUCUGUGUCUGUCCUUGUCUGCGCUGCAGCUCUCUGGGCCGGAGCUUAGAUUUCCAGGCAGAAUUACUGAUGCAUCUCUGAGGGUUUAUGCUGGCACUGUGGCUUAGAACAGAUGGAGGUAGGUGAAAGGGGACUUGGGAUAAUACGGAAAUUGAAAUGUGAGCUUCCUGUAUAAGCUUACUCUUCAUAAAGCACAAACACAAGGUACUUUAUUUCUAAACAACGUUGUCUAGAGUAUUUCUUGUAACGAGCCUGUUUCUUAAGUAAUCUGAUAAUCCAGAGAUUUUAGCAUAUUCUCUAUUUUAGCAUAUCCUUGCCACAUUUUCCUAUCCCACCCCAUAUCCCAGUAUGCUGGUAAGUCAGUAAGAACCUGGCAGAGUCUAGGGAAUUUUUUUUGUUUAGCUUUUUUUGAGAGUGGAUUUUGUAGAAAACUUGGAUUUUGAACUGUGUGAGGUUGAAUGCAGAGAGGAGGGAGUGUUACAUAUGUACUGCUGCUCGCUCGGGUGUUCUGGACUCCAGUGUUGAUCAUAGAUGGCUCUUUUGCUUGCGCGUAAGAGGUAGCAGGUUAUCCUUAAAACAAAACAAAAAAAUCAGCAUAAAAACUAAACAUACACUAGGUUGCAAAAUAGAAUUGGCUUUUUUUUUUUUGCAUCUUUUCAUGUGCCCUCUCAUUGCUGUGCCGUGCCGGCCUUCUUCCAUCGAAGUUCUCCCUCUUGGUACCUCAUGGGGGCUUUCCUCUCUGGGGAGAGGCGUCUUUAUGCUCCUUUUGUCACAGACAUGCAAGUGUUUACAGUUUUGCUUCGUUUCACGUGUCACAACAGUGUUUAUUGAUGAGUGGUGUGAGCUCUGAGGGUAGAAGGCUGGUGCCAGGUGGAAAGGGCUGCUUUAUUGCCUGGUGAGGCAGGAGAGGCCUCCCCGCCUGCUGCUUUGCUGGUGGCUUUGUGUCCUUGCCGGGCACGUUGCUGCUGGGAAUGGGGCUGUUCUUAACCCCAUCUCCUUACUGAAGGUGAGGCACCUGUUUGGGAAAUGCCCCAUCUGCAGCUGCUCAGUGGGUUAUGCACAAGUACCUAAAUCCACUCUGAAGCAGAGAUGUUUUUUUUUUGGAUAUGAUGGAUAACUUGUGUGCAAUUUGGGGGGGGGGGGGGGGCAAGUUGUUCCUUUGGCUCUUCUCUGUCUUUGGCUCUUCUCUGUAUGUGGUUAUUUUACUAGUAGUGUAGGAGAUGAGUACAGGACAGAUGACAAUAAAUCUGCUAGGGAAAAGUCCCUAGCUUACUGAUGUGAGGAGCCUGAUGGGACAUUAAGUAAGCAUCUUUUUCUGUACGCAGUAGUUUGAAGAAGGCAGCAGCGGUAGUAAGGAAAAGAAAUGUUGUGGUUGUUGUUAAGCAUUUUCAUGGUGGUGUGAAAGCUUUGAAUACCUGGUGUUUUGCAUCAGCUGCACUGCUUUGUAAUUUGGUUGAGUGGCCCCUUCUUGUUUUCUUCCCAUCUUUAGGGUCUUAUAGAUUUGACAAUUCAAGAAGCAUUUGUACCUUUUCUUCCCCCGUCCCCCUGUGUGUUUAGAAAGAAAAUCUGUCAUGUAUUUCUCUUUCCUCUAGGAACACUCCACUAGCUAGAAGGGUUGGUUAUGAACUUGGAUUCUACUGAGGUUGGAGUCCUGUGGUCAGAGCUGGAACAGGCCCUUUGGAAGUCACCAGCGGGGCUGUGUAGGCUCAGACAGCAGCGUUCUUACUGACUUGAGUGCCAGGCUCCAUGCUCUGUUGCAGGCAUGAACUAGAAAAUGGAAGCGCUUUUUCCUAUCUUUGAGUAUAGUAAAGUAAUCCUAAAUGGCACGGUCUAUUUACCCUGAACUUCAUGAUGCAACCUCUCUUGCAGCUGGCAAAGGCAGUAGCUAUAUACUUAAGAAAAGGCAUAUAGAAUUGCUCCCAUUUGUGUUACUUAUCCCCUUCCCAAAAGUGCCUCGAUUAUGUCCUUGAGUGGCCUGUACCUUAACGAAGUAUCUACCUUAGACCCGUUCUUUCUUCUUCACCUUAUCCUGGGCUGCAGCACAUCGAGCUGAGAUAAAACAAAGGGCUGGAGCUGCAAAAUGUGUGAAAUGCUGCCCUCUGGAGUGCCUCUGGACACAGCCGAGACUCAGCUUGGGAGCAUGGCCCGAGUUAGGGACGUAAGGAGCACAGCGGGCAGCUGUGCGCUGCGUGAGCGCAGGGCAGGCUCCUGCGCCCCUUGAAUAGGGCAGGAGAGGCUCCUAGGGAUAACGUGGCUGCCUAAAUAUUGACGAGAACUGCUGCUUAAAGUACUAGAGCUGGCCCAAUGAAGGAGCAAGCUAGAGCCAGGAGAGCAGCACACGCUUGCAGACUGUUCAGCUUUGACCCGUUAAGCACCUGCCUGCUCCUGGUACUUACCUGCCUGAACAGCAGCCGACGAAGCAGAAGUGCAGUUGCUGUUGUGUCGUACUGGGUUUUGGAUGCCAGUUUAAGUGUGGGAUGGAUGAUGCUGUGCCUGCUGGUGUGGUGCUCACAGUUGGCUUUGUCCAACCUGCCUGAUCCGCGUCUGGGCUGGGGGGGGGUGGUCUGUGCUCUGGGGUCUGCAGCUCAAGGGCAGGCUGGCAGCUGUAGUGCUGAGCACUUUUGCAUAGGGCAUGUUGUGCUGCGGGAAGCCUGUUUUCCUUUCAUGUAGCUCUGAUCGCAGCUAGCCUAAUGAUUUGGACUGUAUUUUUAAACUAACCUAGGCUUUCUGAUGGGCACAAAUGGAGGGGAAAAAAAAAAGUAGUGAAGUUGAGCAGCUUAGUCUUUUUUCAUUGUAAUGACUGUAGUAGACAAAAACGAUCCAAGAGCAUAAAGCCUUCCCUACCUGUAGCCACAGUGGUGUGGUAGGAGUAGCAAAGCCCUAGUAAGGUAGAUGUUGUUAUCCUGGCUAAAGUAGAAGUGCUUCUGGCAGCAUAGGCUUUCGUUCACUGAACCAGCACAUGCUCAUGCUACAAACUUUGUAUCUGAGCCUGUACUUUAGUCUUUUGCUGUGAAACAUUUUGGGGGGAGGGAGAGAAGUGAGCACCUCCCCUACCCUUCCCCCCACAGCGGCCGUGGGUAUGUAUAGCACAGGCCUUCAUCAGGCCGCCUCAUUCCAGACCCACAGUGAAAGGUGACCCACCUGUAUGCAUUUUGUACUCCAGCAGGUUGCACAAGAGGAGAGCGUGUUUCCAGUGAAACAUGGUGAGGGGAGGCACGUUAUGUCCUGUUCCUGCUGAUGGUGGAAGUUGUGCAGGACUGCCACGUGGCUCGGUCUGCCUAGUUUCAGACCUAGGGCGGUUACAGGAGCAGCGGCGCUUUGUGUGCAUCUGUGCUGCGCUUCAAAGUGUGAGCUAGGUAUUGCCAUGCAAA